AUGGCGUUUGCACCAGAGGUCGGAGGCGUCUAUGCAACCAGAGUGGCGGGAAGAAUGAAGCGCCUGGGACUGUGCUUGAUGUGGCUGGUUAUCGGGCCUGUUCAGGUCUUCGCUUCCUCCUUCAAAGUAAGGCGAGACCUCUUCCCCACCAAGGAGGUGCACCUCAACAUGGCCUUGACGUCUUUCGAUGACCAGUACAAGGGCUGCGUGGAGUUGAUGGAAGCAGAAGUGGAGGAGCUGAACCGCACAGAGUUCGCCACCAACAGAGUCUACGCCGACGCCUGGUCAGAGGCGGCCUCCAUGUGGAAGGAGAAGGCGGCCUCCCUCCCGGAGCCCUCUGGCCUGAAGCCGGAGCAUGCCGUGGCCCUCAUGGCCUACACCGUCCAAGGCCGCUUCCACAGGGACUUCAACGCGGCUGUGAGGGAGGCCGGGCGCACCAGGGACGACUACCUCCACCGCUUCCAUUUCAAGGCCUUCCACUUCCUCCUGACGCGAGCCCUUCACCUCCUGGGCAUCACCGCCGAGCCCCGGUGCCACAAGGUCUACCGGGGGGUCAAGAGCGUCCGCUUCACUUCUGAGCGCGCCAAGCUGGUCCGCUUUGGGCAAUUCACCUCAUCCUCGCGGAGCAACGAGAGCGCCCUGCGCUUUGGCACGGACAGCUUCUUCACCAUCGAGACCUGCUACGGGGUCAACAUCAAGAAUUAUUCCUUCUUCCCGGGCGAGGAAGAGGUCCUCAUCCCUCCCUUUGAGAAAUUCAAGGUGGUCAACUUCACCCGGGGGCAGGAGACCAACUUCAUCCACCUCCUCUCGCUUGAAGACGAAAGCGUCUACAACUGCGUGUUUGUGAAAGAGAAAAAGUGCAAGAUGCAGAAAUGCCCCUUCAAGUCAGAUGGAGGCUGGAGCCCCUUCUCCAUCAGAGACCGAGCCCCGAAACUCCUCCUCUGGGGUCCCCUCCUGGCUGUGGGCCUCCUUGGACCCCCAGGACUCCUGUGAUUAAACCUCUGGGGAAGGUCUGCCCACCCUUUCCUGACGGGGACAAUCCAGAAGCAGCAACAGCGGCAGCAGAAGAGGAGGCCAGUCGGCAUGGCUUGCGGGAGCCAAGAGAUGGCGCUUCCUUGCUCCGUUUUACUAAAGGAA